CUCGUCCAAGGCCGAACUACCUUCUACUUAAUUUGUAGUCGCCAUUCUUUGUCAUGAGCAGUGCUGGUCUGUGUCGAGCAUCGUCCUCUCUUACCGGUGCAUUGUCUGCAUGGAAGAGCACGAAAUGUCCAAGGCAAUUUUGGGGUGCACGGAGACACCUACAUUCUCGGAUAGAACUCGACUACAAGGUCGAUGAGGGCCUUGCAAACUUUAUGUCGCCAAGGACGCUUAAAAUGGUUUCUGAGGAGUAUCAGCAAGGUUUGCUCGACCGGUUGAACGAGAUGUUUCCUGAUGCUGCUGACCAGCGAAAGAGCGUCACACAACUCGUGAUCGACACUGCUAGCUCUGGAAAAGAUGCCCUUGGCUUCUCCUAUGCAAGUCACGCCCUCAACAAUUCGUUCUUUCUCAACUGCCUUCGACCUCCGAAAAAAGAGGAAAACUACGAAGAUAAGAUUCACAAUCUUCUCAUAGCUCCAUCCAUCCGCACCCAAUUCGGUAGCUUGCCGCAUUUCAUCAACAACUUCUCUUCCGCCGCCAGAGGAAUGUCGGGGUCGGGAUACAUCUGGCUUAUCACGGACGCCGUGGGCAACCUUGCCAUUCAGCCCACCUUCGCUGCCGGCACACUUCUUGUUCGCUCGCGUGCGUGCACGGAAAACCCUGCGGGUUGUCAUGAAGUGCUUCACGAGGGCAGGUUCCGCGACGGCCCACAGCCAACGCACUUGAACACGGGGCUAGGCAGCACACCGACAUCACCCACGUCAGGCAUGUCCCAAGGCCCUGGGCCACUGCACCCUUCUGCCCCCGUACGAACACUGCACUCAUCACCGCGUAGUCACCUAGAUGGCGCGCGUUCUUUCUACGAUGAUGAGCGCGCAGAUCGGGGGAUUGAUUCCUCCGCGAGGAGCCUACGUAAUUUGGGCGAAAAGAUCUACCCUCUAUUCUGUGUCAGCAUUCACGAGCAUUGCUGGCUUCUCGAUCAUGGAGUGUGGGGCAAGGAGAAAUAUAUGAAGGAGUUCUGGAGCGUGUUGAAUUGGGAAACGGUUAACGAACGGUACCUGACAUUCACCAGUACGAAAGUCGGCCCUCAGCCAUUCCGAAAGUAGAUGGAUGGAGCUGCAGAAAUUUACGGUGUUUUGGCAUAAUUCACUGCUCAGUCUACUUAGAUAUAUAACAUCCAUACUUAUACCGUUCGUUUUAAACUUUUCCGCAUAGCGGAAUGCUAUUGAUCUGAUCAUAAACUCAAGUUGGCAGGUCGUCGCAUCUUGGAGAAGCCUUGAAUAGACUAUGUUGAAGUGAAGUAUCCAAAUUCAUGCACCGAUACGAUAUACUUUGAAUAUUCUACGUGCAUACAUCAA